CGUCAAACAGCUGUGAUAAUUUUCUUACUUCUUACUAUGUUAGUUUGUGGUAUUUAUUUAAUAAUAACUACUAUUUAUAAAUUUAAAUCUAAAUUUACUCAUUUAAUAACUCCACGAUCACAAUCUGAUAAUGACGGUAAAUAUUUUGUAUUAAAAAAUCUAGAUGAUAAUGGUGAUGAAGUUGGUGAUGAAACAAAAACUUCAUUAAUAUAA